AUGAAUGGAUUUAGUGCUUUUAGAAAGAGAUGAUUAUCUCAUGCAGCACCAAGACAUAAAAUCGUGCUUCCUGAUCCUCAGAUGUUAGCGGUAAAUAGUCCUAUUAAGCUUCAAGGCUUUAAUAAUAUCAAACAAGAAGCUGUAGAGCAAGCAAAUAAGAAUUUGAAUGUGAAGAAGAUCAAGAUUAGAAGUAUAUUUCCAAAAUCUGAAAGCAAAAAUCCAAAAGUGAAGCAAAUGAAAAGCAAGAUUAUGGCUCUUCUUAAUCCAGAUUGUAUUAAGCAGGAAGUCACAGAAGGAUGAGAGAACACUGAAGGAAUAGAAGAGAUCGAUGACAUUACCUUCUUUAAAUCUCUCCUAAAUUUCAAAAAGGAGCUUAAAAAGCAAGGAAGGGACUCUCUCAUAAGUUUGGCCACUGAGAACGAUGAACACAGUACAAAGUUGCAUGAAAUUCAUUCAUUAUUGGUGAAGAAUAUCACAGAGGUUGAUCAAGAUAUUAUGAAAUACCUUGUCAAGAAGAGUAUGAUGCAGAGUACAAUGCAAGAGAUUCAGGAUGCUUUUCCUGGUGUCCAACAUGCCUCUAAAAAAGAUAUCAAAGGAAUUAAAGCAGCAUGUGAGUGUGAAAAAGGGAACUUUAGCAAACAGAAGUUACUGUGUUCAACUUGUGAAGAUAGAUUUAAGCAGAAUUAUUUAGAAAAUGAGCAAAGCACCACUCAACUAGUUGCAAAUGCGGAUGGUAAGGCUGGAGGGGUACCUAUUAUGGAGAUCAAGGUAAAUUCUCUUUACACAAUUGAUAAGGUCAUUGCAAGAGUUGAAAAUGAACUUGAGAAAUACGAUGAAAAAAUUCAGCAACAAAAAGAUAGUAAAAAGAAGGAAGUGUCACUGAUAAUCAACAAAGAUUGUCUUUCAUCUCCUAUCAGAAGUAUAGAAAGCAUUAAGAAACUGAAGAGAAUAAAGCAUGAAAUUAAGCAUGAAGUCACACAGAAAAAGAAGUUUCCAAGAAAGACCAGUUGAUUUAAGAAAGUUCCUUUAGAAAAAUCUACAAAACAAGAGGGCAAAGAUGUCUCACUCUUAACACAAACAAAUGGAAGUGAAGUAGACGAGUACACUCCUAAGAGCAAGCACAAAGCUGAUGAUGAUCAAGGAAGCAUGAGUGAUGAUACUUAUGAAAACCUUCUCAAAGCUAAAGAGGAGUCUGGGCAUGAAAUAAGCGAUAUGAAUAAAAAGAAGCUCAAGGAAAUCUCCCAGAAAAGGGAAGGCUGUUAUUCAUUAUCACCUACCAAAAAUGAACCAAAGAAAGAGGAUAAAAACAGCAACCGGAAGACUCAGAUGACCGAUCCAAGCUCCUCUAAGAUGAAAGUGUCCAUUGCGAAGAGGCAAAUAUACACUUCAGAAGAAGAUGACUACACCUUGGACGAUAUUGGGGGCGGAAAUUCAAUUGGCCUACAUAAAAGUUCGAAUGAAAAUUCUCAGAUAAAUUCUGAAAAAGAAAGCCUAAUGUCAGCAUCAUCGAAUUCUAUCCGAAUUAACAGAAACUUGCGAAGUCUUAGACAGCAAAUAAGUGAAAAGGACUCACAAGAAUCACAAGAAAGGAGUAGAGUGGUGGAUGAUGAUUCAGAAGAAGAAUAUGAACCAUCCACAAGAAGAUUGUCAGACAAUCAUAGCUUAUCCCUUGCUCAACAAAACAAGAUUCAAGUGAGAAGAGAGCCAAGGCGGCUCAGCUCCAGAUUUAAACAAAAGCGGACUACUAAGAGGAAGAAAACUGACCCUGACGAUACAUUUGAUUUCCCUAUUAACGAUUUUGAGGAAGAAUUUCUGAGAUCAGAAUCAUCUUUUAAAGAAAGCCCCAAAAAGAACAAAAAGCGGAAGAAAAAGGAGAAGGACUUUAUCAAAAUUACUGCUCAAGAGGUGGCUAAAUCAUCCUUCAAGAUAAAGAAUAAAAGGAAUUCUAAGCUACAUAAAGAAGUAGCUCCAGAGAUAGAAGAAAUUAAGGAUAAACUCAUCAAAAGCUUAUCCUACACCAUCGAAGAAGCAGAUGUAAAUGAAUGGGUGUCCAUACUUAAGAAGGAAAGGGAGACCAAGCUAUCCAAGAUGCCAGAGGAUUUCUACGAGAAGGAUCUGAGUGAAUUUGGUAUUCGGAAACAGACCUCUAAGCGCAACAAGAAAGCUCUGUAUGAGGAGUUGUUCUUGUACACAGAAUUGAACAUUCCUCCAGCACAUCUGCUUAAAUCAUAAUUUUGUUCAAUAAUGUUUGGAAAAAA